AUGUCGGAGGAUUCCAGCGAACAACCUGCAUUCAAGUCUGUUGAUGCUUAUUACGCAAUUGCACGCACCUUACAAGUUCGCAAAGAGUAUAAGAGAGCAUUAUUCUACCUCGCUUUGGCCCUAAGGCAAGAUGACAAGCAUAUACCAUCGUACUUGCUACGUUCUCUAUGUUAUAUGUAUCUUUGUGAGACUGACAAGGCAUUAGCAGAUGUACAGACCGUUUUACAGUAUGAAAAGAAGAAUUUGCAUGCUCUAUUGUUACUAGGACAGAUAUACUAUCUACGUGGAGACUUUGAGGAGGCGCUACGGACGUUUCAGCAGGGACUCAGCCUUCGGCCCACUAUUCAGGAUUUCUUGGUUGGCGUACACAAAUGUGAAACGGCUAUCCAUAACACAUGCGAAGAUUGUCGCAUACGUCUAACGGCCGAUUUGGAUCUGACCGAUUUCUAUCUGGGGGCUUUUCCAACCCAUCAAGAAGUCGGAGCACCCCUAUCAACUCCUCGAUCGACGACCCGCUCAAGUAGGAACACUUACGGGAUUCAUGCUAUCGUUCCAGUCCCACUUGAACUUGAACUUCUUUUUUAUUCCUCCCGCACUUAUUGAACCAUAACAGCUUUCUAUACUAUUUUGCGUGUGCACAUUCCAUUCCCACUUCAAACUAUCGUUAUGCAGUAGUGCAUUAAACUCGGUGGACGCUGGAAAUAACCAUUUACUUAUUCAAUGAUCAUAACAAUUGUAAUUUGUACUCCAACCAUCCUACGGGACUUUUCAAGCACAUACUCUUUUAACCGUGAUAAAUCAUUGUUCAUUAUCAUUGUUCAUUGUUCGCGCUACCUUAGCAAUCUCCUCCAACUAAGAUACUUUCCAGGACUAAUAAUAAAAGCGAGGUGCA